CAACCAGUAGCCGCCGGCGACGCCCGUUAGAAUUAGAACUAAGAAUUAAGAAACAAGAGUUUUCAAUAAUCUCUGCACGCAUUUGAAUUUCAAAAUUUCCAUUUAUCGAGGAGAUAGCAAUGCGAUUUGCUGCUCCGUUUGAAUUGAGAAGAAAAAUGUCGAAGAAAGCGAUCAGUAAAGCCACCGGAGGAUCCGAGCCGGUGUACUUGAAUGUGUACGAUGUGACCUCCAUCAAUGGCUACGCUUAUCGGUUCGGCCUUGGCGCUUUCCAUUCCGGACUACAAGUUCAUGGGGUGGAAUACGCAUUUGGAUAUCACGAAUGCUCAACAACUGGAAUUUGCGAAGGAGUGCCGAAACAAUGCGAUGGGUUUAGAUUUAGGAAGACAGUUUUGGUAGGCAAAACAGAUAUGAAACCAGCAGAGGUGAGAACUUUAAUGGUGGAACUUGGCCAAAUCUACAAGGGAAAUGCUUACAAUUUAUUCACCAAAAAUUGCAACCAUUUUUGCAAUGAUGCUUGCAUUAAACUCACGGGGAAUUCCAUCCCAAAAUGGGUUAAUCGCCUUGCCAAAAUUGGCUCUCUUUUCAAUUGUGUUCUACCAGUGGCCUCAAAUUCCACCAGAAUCCGGGACGACCAUAGAAUUGAAGAAGAGACUGUAACCAUGGAGGUAAAGAAGGAAUUAACAAGUGAAUCAACCAAAACUCCCAGUUCUAAUUCUUCUUCCUCUGCAACUUCCUUUCCUCGCUCGACGCUACGCCGAGGAAAUUUCCAGACGAGACGAGCUCCUCCCCCAUCUCCUCCGCGAUCUCCACCUUUUUUUUCUCAUUCUCAUCUUUAUCUCCAUGAGGUACAGACAUGACUGGAACCUCAACUCCUUGAAAUUUUUUGCCAUUUCCAUUGGAAGUGCCUCAAAGAAGCCGAGACAGUCAAAUUUGUUUAUCUUUUCCCCUACUGUAUUCUUCUUUGUGAUCUUGGAAGAUCAAAUUAUAAAAUUAGAAGCAUUCGUUUGUAUGCUUUCAAUUACCUUAUUUAU